CCCUUUUUCAUGUUUAUCCCAUGGCUGGAAAAAAGAGAAUUUUUGAUGUUGGUUGGCCAGCGCAAUCUUAUAGCAUUCUUAAAAUUUUAUACUUCUUGGUAUCAAAAAAGUUGGUAGUGUGAACACAACCAUUUGAUGCUAUAGCUAGAUAGCUAGUCACUACGAGAAUUUUUGGGCUGUCUAUCGACAGGACUGCAAGUCUUAUUUUGCUAAAAUUCAUGAGCAUGCUUGCAAGUUGUACCUGUGAUGGGAAGAAAAGAAGUAGGCUUGAGAAUUCUCAAUUAGAGGUGUAUAUAGAAUAUUUCUUCUUUUUCAACCAUGACAAUUGAGGUUCCUGGGGCUUUAGGUCAGCAGUUCCAGACAGAAACAAGCAAUGCUGGCUCAGGCAGCAGCACUGUUACUGAUAGAAAUGUAAAUAAUAUUUGUGACCAGACAGGAGAGGAAUUUUCAAAUGAAUUCUUAAGGGAUCGUACUGCUGUAAGAAGUGGUAUGAAUCUCCAACAGCCUUGGAGAGUGGGUCUUAACUUCAACCAGAACCAUCGGUUGGUCUAUGAAGAUCAUAACACCAUUCUUGGGCUAAGGAGAGCGGACACUGAAGAUGUUUCAGAUUUUGUUCUUGCGGGAGGACCAGUAGCCAAAGUUGAAAACCAGGCCAAUUGUGAUAGUUCAUUAAAAAAUCACAUGGUGCGUGAUACAAAUGAUCAAAGACCAAUUAAAUUUUUUAAUAGAACUUAUCAUGAUUGGGUUACUCCGGCGCCAAAUGGUGCACCCUUUUAUGUGAUGGAGUCGCCUCAUAAGUACCACCCUUAUGGCCCAGGAGCUUCAGAAGAUCUUAACCCUGGAAAGAUGAAAUUUCUCUGCAGCUUUGCAGGAAGAAUACUACCAAGGCCAGUUGAUGGGAAGCUCAGAUAUGUGGGUGGAGAGACAAGAAUUAUAUCCAUUAGGAAGAAUGUUAUAUGGGAGGAACUUAUGAGGAAGACUUCUGCUAUUUGUAAUUAUCCUCACACAAUCAGGUACCAACUACCAGGAGAGGAUCUUGAUGCACUCAUAUCCGUUUGCUCUGAUGAGGAUCUUCUCCACAUGAUAGAGGAAUAUGAAGAGCUGGAAAGAUCCAGGGGCUCGCAGAGGCUGCGGAUUUUUCUAGUUUCUUCAAGUGAAUCUGAGAAAUCAAAUUCUUUUGAAGGGAGGAACGCAGACCAAAGCAAUGCUGGUUGUCAGUAUGUUUUCGCUGUUAAUGGCAUGCUGGAUGUAAGUCCUCGGAAGAGCUCCAGUGGGCAGAGCGUGGCAAGCCAAUCAACUCAGCUGGGAAAUGCUUCAGAUUAUAGUCCAACUUUUCAUCGGGAUUCUCCUACAUCUGUUCAUACACUAGAGAGGAAGGAGUAUAGUCCAACUUCCGCUAAUUUAGUUAGCAUGUUUCAGAAUCCUGCUGCUAAGUUCAUACCGGCACUCACUAUACCAGAGAACUUAUCUAUUCAAUCUCCUUCUUCAUCUCCAGUUUCAGUUCAGCAUAGGGAGGCCCAGAAUCUCCAUGUUAAGGUUUAUGCAGAACAAUCACGUGCUAACAAUAAGGAACUCAUCGAUCAUUUUGUCGUUGACAAACAACCAUAUGACAAUUCAUAUUUUCUCAAUGUGACUUGUAAUUAUGAUAAUCCUCCUCAUGGACCUGUGCCGUUGAUGAAUUAUCAGUAUCAUAACCAAUAUAAGUUAGAAAACAAUCAGACUAACAAAUCUCCUGAAAUGCAUUUUCACAAUCGUAACCCCAGUGGGGACUUUGUGCCUUAUCUCCAACAUGAUCAAAUUGAUAUGCUCUCUGAGAAACCAAUGCUCAAGGAAAGGGCACUUUCUGACUCACAGUUGCAAGAGCAUGAUGAGAAGUCAACUUACUGCCUGGAAGCUGUCCCACAUUCAUGGAAUGAUGUAAGAGAAAAAUCACCUUCAUUGGCAAUAUCAUUUUCAUCACAACACCGCCCAGUGAAACGGCAAGAGGUAAUUGACGAGAUAUAUGAAAUGGCACAGCAUGAGAAUCAGCCCAGGACAGACUCUUAUAAGGAAAAGGUUGAACUUAAUCAAGAGAUUUUGAAGUGGAUGGACAAGAAUAAUGCUGGAUCAGAUAAGGAUAGUAGACAAUUUAGAGAAUAUACUGAGGUUACCUCAUAUGAAACAGCGACAGAGAGCAGCAUUUUUCCAGUUUCAAGCUACAAACCCCAACUUUGUGAGUCCUCUAGAGAGUCACAAGACUCUGCAAGCUCAGUCUUCACUUUACCUGUCAAUGCUUGGGAAUAUUCUACUGAGUCUACAAGGGAGCACCGCCGUGGUUUCCAGCUAGAAUUAAACAAACCUGUCAGGAGCCAAAGUGCUCCCAGCAAUCAGCAAUGUGUUGCAACUGAAGCCACAAGUCAACCAGCUUCCCAGAGAUUCACUGGAACGUCAACAAUUCUGUCUUGGGAACCAUCUGGUACAUUUGGGACUGUUUACUACGGAAAGUGGAGAGGAACUGAUGUUGCUAUUAAAAGAAUUAAAAAAAGUUGUUUUUCAGGCAGAUCAUCUGAGCAAGAACGCCUUACAAAAGAUUUCUGGAGAGAGGCACAGAUCCUUUCAACCCUUCACCACCCAAAUGUGGUAGCAUUUUAUGGUGUGGUCCCUGAUGGACCAGGAGGGACUAUGGCAACAGUAGCUGAAUAUAUGGUAAAUGGUUCAUUGAGGCAUGUCCUGCAGAGGAAAGACAGAUCAGUUGAUCGUCGUAAAAAGCUUAUGAUCACUCUGGAUGCAGCUUUUGGAAUGGAAUAUCUACAUCUGAAAAAUAUUGUCCACUUUGAUUUGAAGUGUGAUAACUUGCUUGUCAAUUUGAGGGAUCCCCAACGACCCAUAUGCAAGGUUGGAGAUUUUGGGUUGUCAAGAAUUAAAAGGAACACACUUGUGUCUGGUGGUGUACGAGGAACCCUUCCAUGGAUGGCACCAGAAUUAUUGAAUGGCAGCAGUAACAGGGUCUCUGAGAAGGUGGAUGUCUUUUCAUUUGGUGUAGCAAUGUGGGAGAUCCUGACUGGGGAAGAGCCAUAUGCUAACAUGCACUGUGGUGCCAUCAUUGGGGGGAUUGUAAAUAACACACUCAGGCCUCCUGUACCUGAACGUUGUGAUAGUGAGUGGAGAAAGUUGAUGGAAGAGUGCUGGUCUUUUGAACCUACUGCAAGGCCAUCAUUCACAGAGAUAGUUAACAGACUGCGGUCUAUGUCGGCAGCACUACAACCAAAGCGACGCAAUUAUGCUAUAAGAUGAAAUCAAGGUUCCAUAACUACCUUCUUGACUCUGUCGAUGAUCAUCUUCAUCAUCAAGAAGAAGAGAGGAAAUGAACAAGAAGAUUAUUAUUCCAGGUCCUUCACCUGUUUAUUGGAGAUACUGAAGCAAAGAGCAAAAACUGCUGCCGGGUAUACUGUAUUGACUGCAUGAAUUUCAUAUUCUGGGAUCUGAACCUCCUUAUUAGAGAAAUUUUUCGUGUACUGUAUAUUGAUUGUAUAUAUUGUGC